GGGUGCUGUGUUCUUUGGUGCGCAAUCCAAUUCCUCUCCUGUCCCCCUCCAUGUACAUCAUUUCGAGAAUUCCGUGGCGGGAAAAAGUUUCAUUUUGAAAAUCUCCGCAAUUUUCAAAACAUCCCUUCUCCUUCUGACGAGCGACGAGCCGAUUUCUGUCAAGCGCGAGGUUUUCUUCCUCCGAUUCGCUCACCUCUUCGAAAAUCGCGGAAAAUUAGAGAUUCCGCAAUGGAAGGAAGCGAGAGCGAGGCGGUAUUCGAUUCCUUCAACCUGAAUCCUCAGCUUUUCAUCAAUGAAGUCCUCAACGCGGUUGAUGACAUGGUCGAUGGGGCAUUCGACUUCUACGAACAGCAAGCAUCUGAGCUCUUGGGCAACAUGGGCAGUGAUAGAUCCGGCGAGCUAAACCGGGGCGUGUCUUUUGUUCGUCACAUGAUUCAAGCAGUUUUGGACAAACGGCUGGGUAUGUGGGAGAAGUAUUGCCUUCGACAUUGUUUUGUUGUUCCUGAAGGAUUCUCGCUGCCUAAAGCUGACUCAUCUGGUAACAGUUUACUGCUUGAAGAUGUGCUCUCCGAUGCAGAGCUUGAUGCUCAAUUAGACUCCUUGAGAGAAAAGCUUGUUGUGGUUGGAAGGGAAUCUGCUGAGCUGCACAGAGAGCUUCAUGCAUUGCAAAAGCAGUCUAUCUUAAGCAGCAGUUGUGCCAGGUCUGUCGCUGAGGCACUAGAACCAUUCAAGCAGAACUCCACGCAUGACAUGUUCAAGGAAAUGCUAAGAACUGCAUCUGAACUACGCGCAAAAAUGGAGAUAAUGAAGGCCAAGAGAAGGGAAGAGAUGGAGCGCAUUAGAAUUGAGAGGAUUUACAAUCCGGACAAGAGUCAAUCUAUGAUGUAUAGCAAUGGCCUCUCUGCUAGUUUGGAGGAUCUUCAGGAAUUUGCAGAUGAUAUGACAAAAAAGAUGUGAACAUGGACGUUGCACUGCAUUUUGGUGCAUCAGGCAAAGUCUCAAGAAUGGUUUGGAAGUACUGUUAUGCCAUCGCAUUAAUUCGAAUAACCGUAUCUUCACAUAACAGAAGUUGGUGUCACCACGUUUAAACGCCUGGCAAUACAAGUAUAGCAUCUCAGCUGACUGAUCUGAUAUGAAUCUAGAUUUUGUCACCAAUACUAUCAUGUUAACAGCUUUAAGGAAUGUCUGUAUCAGUGUGAUGCCACUGCUUGAAAUUUAAGCUU